AUGAAAAAAUUUUAGUUUUUCGACAAAAAUAUCAGGCAACAAAGACCAGAGUUGAAUUUCUGCACCUUCAAUUAUGUCUUUGCUGAAUACAUUUGCUAUUUGAAGAGGAAGCAUGGGAAUGAUUACAAUGAAAUGAACUCAAAGAUGGAGCAGUUGGGAGUGUCAGUUGGAAUCAGACUCUAUGAGGUAGUAAGUUUGAGAGAAAGAAACAAGAGGGAAACAAAAUUAGUGGAACAAUUGAGAUUCAUAUAAGGAAUUUUUUGGAAGCAUCUCUUUGGGAGACAAGCAGAGUCCAUUGAAAAAUUAAAGGACAGACCCAAUGAUUAUCUAAUUAGAGAUGAAAAUCCCUUACUUCUUAAGUACAUCUCAGAAGAAGGGCACAUUUCACCUGCAUAAUUUAUGUGUGGAAUUCUGAAAGGAGUCUUGAAUGCUUCUGGCUUUACAUGCCAAGUCUCUUAUUAAUUUAAGACUGACGAAAGAGGUGUCAGCUAUUAUCCUCACACUGUAUUUAUCUUGAGUUUCGAAGAUGCCAGGGAUUUAUGAAUUUAAUAUAUUGAAUGAUACCAAUUAAACUAAUCAUCUGAUAACCAUAA